AUGGCUUCUUCCGGAAUCGCUCCAAUUUCACAUCACGCCCAAAGUGGCCUCACCAUUGACGCCCCUCGUCCACGGACGACGAUCGAAUACAACAAGCUCAUCAGCCUCUGCAGGUGGCAACAGGAUUGGCAACGUGCAUUGCUUCUGGUGGCCGACAUCACACGACAGUCGCUGCAGCCGACGAUCGUUACGUUCGGAGCAGCCAUUAGCGUAUGCGAAAAGGCCGCGAGAUGGGAUUGGGCUUUGCACUUGCUCGAAAAGCUCGAAACGUUUCAGCUCCUGCCGAACGUCAUCACCUGCAACUCUGCAAUCAGCUCUUGCGAGAAAGCACGCAGCUGGAGGCAAGCUCUAUUCGUCCUUCGGACGAUGCGUGGGAAGCGCGUAUCGGAGGAUCUAAUCUCGUACAGCUCAGCCAUCAGCGCCUGCGAGAAGUCCUCGCAGUGGACCCAGGCGCUAGAGCUGCUGGCAGACUGUUGCGCAGGCUCCUUGGAGCUUGAUUCCUGGAUGACAAGCGUAAGGGGACGUCAGAUUUUGCAGGGGUCAAAGGAUCUGAUCACGGUCAAUGCCGUCCUCAGCGCCUGCGAAAAGGCAGCGGAGUGGCAGCGCGUUCUGGUGCUCAUGGGGGAACUGGAAGAGUUGAUGCUGCAGGCGGACCUCAUCACCUACAACGUCGCCAUCAGCGCCUGCGAGAAAGCCACAGAGUGGGGAUCGGCUUUGUUGCUGCUCAGCAGGCUGGGGGAUGCGUCUCUGAUCCGGGAUGUGGUGACGUACGGAGCAUCCAUCAGCGCUUGUGAAAAGGCCACCAGGUGGCCCCAAGCUUUGCUGCUUCUGGGCGAAGCAGAAGCAACGGUGCAAGUGAAUGUGAUCAUUCUGAGUGCCGCCAUCAGUGCCUGUGAGAAGGGCAGCCAGUGGCGCUUGGCCUUGGAUUUGUUGGGCCAAGCCGGUCUCCGACGCCUUCGGGCGGACACCAUCAUGUACACUUCAGCCGUGAGCGCCUGCGGCCGCUCUUUCGAGUGGCAGCAGGCCCUAAGACUUCUGCACGAAGUCGAAAUGGAACGGUUUGCUCCGGAGAUCAUCGUGUACAACUCGGCCAUCACUGCAUGUGAGAAGAGCGAACGGUGGGAAGCUGCUCUUCAGCUUCUGAGUAACAUGGAGGACGUGGGGCUGCAAGCUGACGUAAUCACGUACAGCUCCGUGGUAAGUGCUUGCGAUAAAGCCGGCCGCUGGGAACUUGCUACUUGGUUCUUGAGCUUGGGUCGCAUCCGACAUCUUCAGCCAAAUGCAUUUACUUACAGUGCUGCCAUCAGCGCAUGUGCAAAGCAGGCAAAGUGGACACUGGCGUUGGCACUGUGCCAGGAAUCCCGAGACAACCAGCUGCCCCCGAGUGAAAUCCUUUGGGGUUCCGUGAUUUCCAGCCUUGAGAAAGGUGGGAAGUGGCAGCAUGCCCUUCUCUUCCUGGAGGAAGGGAACGGAUGUGCGUUGUCAUUGGAUGCUGUCGCAUACUCUUCAGCCAUCCGGGCCUGUGCUGGGGCACACCGGUGGCAGCAAGCUGUCGAACUCAUCCUGGAGGUGGAGUUCAGAGACCCAAAGGCAAUGGCCGUGCCGCUCAGCUGCGCCAUUGCUGCCUGUCAGAAUUCGUUGGCAUCUCAGGCAGGCCUGCAGAUGCUGGGCAAGCUCGAGCCGAGCUUGGGAGCCUUCGCCACAGCGAGGGCCUUGGGCUGA